AGGUACGGUCAGUUCUCCCUCAUCUCUGCACACAAAGAUCAGGAAGGACACGAGUUCGACUGGAGCGGCGUCUGCAUAUUGGCUCAUGCAAGAACAAAAAACGAACGCGAAUUUAUGGAAGCAUGGUCCUCCACCGAAGAGGCGAUCAACAAACAUAUCCCAGCCACUAAGAGCGAGAGAACUCCAAAAAUGCAAGCCGAUUGCCAAGCUCGGAGAACAGAGCAACAGCCACCUGAUCAACAACCAAUAAACUCACCCGAGCUAGCAAUAUUUCAACAGAACUUUUCAGCAUAUUCAUCGUUGGCGACUCCAGAAUCAAGGACUGUUGGUAUAUACAAAACCGCCGGACACUUCCAAGCUGCGUCAUCACAGUGGCAGGAAACCAUGGGUGCAAUGUUUGGUGGUUGGUCUGUCUGUCGAGCUUGGCAACUGGCCCGUAGACGUUUCGUCACCGAUAAAGAAAACCUCAUCAGAGAACGGCUGGGUGAGAUGGUACCCGGAUGA